UAAAUUAAAAUUUGUUAUUAGAAAGAGAGAAACCUAGCUUUAUCUUCAAUAAUAACAACCAUGUGGAUAUUUAAAAGCAAAUAACCAUCACAUAUGCCAUAGUAUAUUUUUGGGAUAAUUUUCUUGAUCAAAAUAUUUUUUUUCAUAUAACAAUUUUUAUAUUUAUUGUUGUAUAUUACUUAGAAGAUUCAAAUUUGUGACCUCCAAAUUGAAGAUCAAUAGUAUCACGACCAAACCAAUUGUAAAUAAUAAUUUUCUUGAUUUUUGUGUUGAUUUUAUUAAAACCUUAAAAAGGAACUUGCUUGACAUUUCAAAUUAAAUUGCAUUAUCCCAUAACAACAAUUUUAUCCGAUGUCUACGAAUGGACAAUUAAGAAACCUUUCAGAAUUGGAAUUGGUACCCACCUCCAUAUCAUUCCCCAACUUGAAUAGCAAAAAUCAUUUCCACCAAAGAAUAUGCAAUCAUUUCCACCAAAAAUCACCCAUGGGGAAAGAGUGUUCAAUCAUAAUUUAUGCCCUGUCUAAAUGACAGAACUUUAUAAGCAAACCACACUUCGAUAAUCAAUUCAGUUGACCCUCACGACCAUUUGCAAGCAUUAAUCACGGCCAUAACAUGGCAGAGGAAGAAGAAACAGAGCAAGUCCUCCUCCUUAACCACCAUUUCCCCCCUUUUUUCUUAUCGCAUCACUUUCCCACUAACGGAAAUCAUAAAACAAAAUUUCAAAGCCCACAAGUAAAAAGACGAACCCAAAAGUGUGAAAAAAUGGCAGAAAAGGGGUAACAAAGCAGAGCACCUUUUGUUGUCCACCAUACAAAUACAAUGACUCUGUAACUCACUCGGUCUGUUUAAUCCUCAAUCAACGGCACGUGAAUGGGCUUCGCCAGAGAGGCAGAGGCUGCAUCCAUCCACCAUAUUCAAUUGCUGCAGCCUUGCAGCAGCUUCCAAGCAAAACCAACUAUUCAAAUGUUCGAUCUCAUUUGGAUGGUAAUGUUAUCUGAGAUCGUGCUAUUGUUUUUUUUUUUUUUUUUUUACUGCUGCACCGCUGCUCCGCAUUCUACACCAUGUGAACAUUGUUUUGACAGCUAGCUGAGCUGAGCUAGCUAUCUCCCAAAUCUGACCUCUCGCCCCCGCCAUCUCGCACCGCGGCCGCGCGCCAUUAUUGGUUUGACUAAAAGAAAAUGGGAAAAGAAAAAAAAAAUGGGUUGUCAACUUGUCAUUGUAGUAAUGACUUGGUACGGUAUUUGUAAGGGGCGAGGGAGCAAAGCUUACAGAAGAGCAUUAGUCCCAUACUCACUCUCAGCAUCCCAUUUCACAUGUCUUCUCCUUCCAAAUGAUAAAUCUGCUGCUCCUUACUCUUAACUAGUCAUUCUUUCAUUCCUUCCUCCCCAUUCUUUCUACAGUAGAUCUCAUUCUUCUUGUUCUUCUUCUUCUUCUUCUUCUUCGUCGACAACAACCAUGGGCGAAUGCGUCAGUAGCUGCAGCAGCAGAAGCAGCAUUCUUGUUUCUUCACUCGCUAUUUUCUUGCUUCUUGCUGUUGCUGGGGUUAAUGCAGACUCACCCUACAGAUUCUACACCUGGAAAAUCACCUAUGGCGAUGUCUACCCUCUAGGAGUCAAGCAGCAGGGGAUAAUGAUUAAUGGCCGAUUCCCAGGCCCUCACAUCGACGCCGUGACUAAUGACAACGUAAUUAUCAACGUCUACAACUACCUCAAAGAGCCCUUCCUCCUCUCCUGGAAUGGGAUUCAGCACAGGAGGAACUCAUGGCAAGAUGGAACCUACGGAACCAACUGUCCAAUCUUACCUGGAAAGAACUUCACUUACAUUCUCCAAUUCAAGGACCAAAUCGGGACUUUCUUCUACUUCCCAUCUCUGGGUUUCCACAAGGCUGCUGGUGCGUAUGGCAGCAUUAGGGUUUGGAGCCGUCCCAGAAUCCCAGUUCCUUUCCCUCCACCUGCUGGUGACUUCCACCUUCUAGCUGGAGAUUGGUACAAGACCAAUCACUAUAUUCUGAGGAGGUACUUGAACGCCGGUCGUGCUCUUCCCAUGCCAGAUGGGCUUGUCAUCAAUGGCCGUGGAUGGAAUGGAAACACCUUCACAGUCGAACCAUGGAAGACUUACAGGUUUAGGAUAUCGAAUGUGGGACUUGCAACGUCCAUCAAUUUCAGAUUCGAGGGCCACAAGAUGAAGUUGGUGGAGGCCGAAGGAGCUCACACGGUUCAGAACGUCUACAAUAGCCUCGACGUCCAUCUGGGUCAGUCUUACUCUGUCUUGGUCACCAUGGACCAACCGGCCAAAGACUACUACAUCGCCGUCUCCACCAGGUUCACCACCAAGGUCCUGACCACCACCGCCGUCCUUCACUACAGCAACUCCCGCCAGGGAGUCUCCGGCCCCGUCCCUCGCGGCCCGACCACUCAGAUCAACUGGUCCCUCAACCAAGCCAGAACCAUUAGGCGGAAUCUGACUGCGAGCGGGCCGAGGCCGAACCCACAAGGAUCGUACCACUACGGCAUGAUCAAGACCACCCGCACCAUCACCCUGGCGAACUCCGCUCCCUGGAUCAACGGGAAGCAGAGGUACGCCGUCAACGGCGUCUCCUUCACUCCCGCCGACACGCCGCUGAAGCUGGCGGACUACUUCAACAUCCCCGGAGUAUUCAACGUCGGUAGCAUCCCGAUGAGCCCGAACUCCGGCGGGAACGCGUACCUCCAAACCUCAGUGAUGGGCGCGAAUUUCAGAGAAUUCGUCGAGAUCGUGUUUCAAAACUGGGAGGACUCUGUUCAGUCGUGGCACGUCGACGGCCACGCUUUCUUCGUCGUAGGGAUGGACGGCGGGCAGUGGACCGCGGCGAGCAGGCUGCGGUACAAUUUGAGGGACACGGUGUCGCGGUGCACGGUCCAGGUGUAUCCGAGGUCGUGGACGGCGAUCUAUAUGGCGCUGGACAAUGUGGGGAUGUGGAACAUUCGAUCGGAGAAUUGGGCGAGGCAGUAUCUCGGGCAGCAGCUGUAUCUGAGGGUUUACAGUGCGGCGCAUUCGUGGAGAGAUGAGCUGCCGAUUCCGAAGAACGCGCUUCUCUGCGGCCGGGCUCGCCGCCGUCACACUCGGCCGCUGCUCUAAAUCUGUCUUUUCUCGAUUCAUUCUUUCUUUCUUUUCCCACGCUUUGAUUGAGGUCGAUGAUGCGCUUUUGUGGGCCUGACUCGGGCCCCUACGUUGUUCGGCUUAAGUGUUGUUGAGUUUCUGUUUUCCUUGGGCUGGGCUUUUUCUGUUGGGUUUUAGAUUGUUGGAUCUAGUUUGGGUUGCUUCUCACAACCAUAAUAAUAGACCAUUUCAAGUUUACCCAAAAAACAAAAUCAGCAUAUGCGAAGUGAACAGAGAAUAAUGGGCCUUAAUAACCUUAGCCCAAUACAUUACAGACCUGGUAGUGCUGGCUGGCUAGCUAGGUUGGCCCAGAGGAAAAGGCCGUCAAAAUGAAUGAAAGGGGUGGUUUCAGAAAAUUAUCACAGCCCUUUCGGGUUAAUACAUUAGUUUGGCUCAAACUAUAGGCAAAUUUUCUAGUUUCUACUUUGGAUCGUGGUAUCAAAAAUUGGUAUUCUGACCUGAACUAUAUAUCAUACUUUUUUAUUUGGCCUGGAGGCGGGUUUGACCGUUAAUCAAAGUCCAGUUCACUUGUCAUGUCAGCUAGCAGAGAAUAAUUUUUUUUUUAUUUCUGUAUUUUGUUUCCAUAUAAUUUUUUUAUGUAUUUCGUUUACUUUCUAAUAAUACAAAAAUUAAUAUUAUACAAAAAAUAUAUAUGAUGAAUGUCGAUCACAUUUCGCACACCACCAACAGGAAAAAAAAUUGUAUGAUAAUUUUUUUUUUUUCUAUAAUAUAUAAUUUUUAUUAUUAGAACGUAAACAAAAUACAAAAAUUAAAAAAAUAAUUUUUUAUUCCCUGCUAGCUGACGUGGAAAAGUAAGCUGGACCUUGACUAACGGUCAACUCUAAUUUGACAGUCAAACCUGCCUCCGGGCCAAAUAAGGAAGUAUGCUACAUAGUUCAGGCUAGGAUAGCAAUUUCCGAUACGUAGAAAGUUUGUCUAUAGUUCGGGCAAAACUAAGGUAUUAACCUUUUAUUAAUUUCAUUUAGGUCGCAAUUUCACAGUAGUAAGCAUAUGGUUUAUGAUACCGUACUGAAAGUCGUACCAAACAAAUUAAAGAAUGAUGUAUUAGUGAUUCAGUUGUGAUACAACCGAGUGCAUAUUAGUGGAAUACCAUUGUUAAAAUAAAAUUAGAUCGAACGAUAUAUUCAAUUUGUAUCAUAGAAUAUAAUAUCAUGUUCGAGAUUGGUAGAUAUUUUCAUGUAAGCUUUUCGUAUUUUGUUUUUCUCGUGACAUUUGUAUAUUGUACCAAUCUGAACGACACUAUGUAAUUUUUACGGUUGGACCGGUGCGGUAGAUAAUAUAAUAUUAUAUAAUCC